AUGGACAUGAAGAGGAGGAUCCACCUGGAGCUGAGGAACCGGACCCCGGCAGCUGUUCGAGAACUUGUCCUGGACAAUUGCAAAUCAAAUGAUGGGAAAAUUGAGGGCUUAACAGCUAAUUUUGGAAAUAAGCUGAAAGAUAUUAGCACCCUGGAACCUUUGAAAAAGGCGGAAUGUCUCAAGAGCCUGGACCUGUUUAACUGUGAGGUCACUAACCUCAAUGACUACCGAGAGAGCGUCUUCAGGCUCCUGCCCCAGCUGACCUAUCUGGAUGGCUAUGGCCGAGAGGAUCGUGAAGCCCCAGAUUCAGAUGCCGAGGUGGAUGGUGUGGAUGAAGACGAGGAUGAUGAGGAAGGAGAAGAUGAGGAUAAGGAGGAGGAUGAAGACAGCGAGGAAGAAGAGUUUGAUGAUGAAGAAGAUGAUGAUGAAGACGAAGAUGAAGAAGGGGAGGAGGAUGAAGAUGAAGUCAAUGGGGAGGAAGAAAAAUUUGGACAAGAUGGAGAAGUUGAUGAAGAUGAUGAGGAUGAGGAUGAAGACAAAGAUGAAGAUGAAGAAGAGGAAGAAAGCGGGAAAGCUAUGCGCUCUGAUCUCAAGUAUGCUUACUUCAGCGUCCUGAGCUGUUGUCUGCUGGUGGCCUCCAAGAAGCCUGAGGAGACAGUCCUGAGGCCCCCGGCUUGGCCUCGCCUCGAGCGGGCCACGCCCCGUCCCGAGCAGGCCCCGCCCAUGAGCAGGCCCCGCCCAUGA